AUGGGAAGGGAAAGGAUGACAAUAGUUACUCUUAGGUCAAGAAAUGGUGAGUAUACAUACACAAAGGAGUUUGAGUCUGACCACACAAUACUCCAUGUCAAGGAGUACUUGAAGAGCCAGAUAGAGGAAUACAGUAUAGAGUCCACUGAAAAGGGGAUAAAGAUAAUUCUCAAUGGAAAGAUCGUGAGCGAUGCCGUUCAACUCCACACAUUAGGCAAGGGAAGCCUUCAGCUGGUGUACGAUGUUCCUCCACAGAAGGUAGGUGAAAGAUACAAGGGUGGUGGAGAUGUUUUAUGUGAAGAGAUAGAGACUAACGAUAUAUCGAUCAAGAUAGCUGUAUCUGUUAAGGAAACAGGAGCAAAGAUAAUGGUUGAUCCGGAAGAUCUUGUAAUGUUCAAUGGGGAAGUUUAUCUUGUUAAGGAAAGGAAAAGGAUACUGACUCUGAAGAGUAUUAUGGACUUACUAGGAAGUAUUAGGAUUUCUAGAGAGGACCUCGCUAAGUUCUUGAUCUUCUUCCUGCUUUUAUACACAGGGAAUGGAGGAAUUGUCCUUGUUCUAGGAUGUGUGUUUGUUCUUGAGCUCCUUAGCAGAAGACUUUCCUUAACACAUCAGAAUCAUUUCAAGAGCAUGGACCAUUUCUGCAGGUCGUUCUACAUGUUCUUUGUUAGUUUGUUCCUGAUAGACCACGGAAGAUUCUAA